AAAAGUUAUUGUUAUAAAAUAACAAUAACAAAAAUAGUUAUUGUUAUAAAUAACAAUAACAAUAAAUUCUCACCCCUAGAAUAAAAUAAAUAACUUUACGACAAAUAGAAGUGGUCGAACUUUAGACUGGGAGAAGUGUGGGUGUGGGUGUGUGAUAAGAAAUAUCGCUGUUCCACGACAACGUUGUUUCUGUCUUGGUGGGACGUCUUCAGGUGGAUUUCUUAAUAUUAUAUUUACAUCUCAAUGUUUUGUUUAAUGGAAAAUUUUUUUAUGUUUGUUAAGGAAGAAAUAUUUGUGCUGACCUUGUCUGGGGAACGUAUCCUUUGAGUGUUUUUUUUUCUACUGUGAUAGCGGAAUUGAUGUAUCAUUUUUCUGUGGUGGCUUAGUAAUGGGUGGUAAUUUUUGUAUCAUGUUACUUACUUAUGAUAUCGACAGUAUCAUGCUGUAGCAAAGAGCUUUGUUUUCCAUGUGGCGAUUUGGAUUGGAUUUUUUGUCAAUCUGUGGUAUAUUUGUGUAUUUGAAAUUUUUUGAGAUCCAGGCUAAUUAAGGAAUCAAAUUUUGUUGAUUUUAAGAAGAACAUAUUGAAACAUUUACUUCUGGUGGAAUCGUUAGCGUUGUUUUGUGAUCGCGUUUUAAUGUUCUGUCUGUCAUGGCCGUUUCAUAUUGGCGAUGCUCGACUUUCUAGAUCGGAUUAUUCAGUUUGUUUUUUUUUUUGUUUGUUCGCAAAUAUUGAAGAUUGGUAUUGUAUUGAUUCGAGUUAUCUAGAACACAGAAAGAAAACAAGGGUUAAUAACAUCAAUACUAUAGAUAGGAUGUAUUUCUCUGAUCUAAUUCUUUAAACGAUAAUAUGGUUUUAUUGAGCUAGUGUAAAUAUGUAGAAGAAAAAAAAAAGGAGUAAGUAAUGCAGUCAUGCGUUUAUGUUUCCAUUGUUCUUGAGGUAGUAUUGGAAUCGAUGUUUCUUAAAGAGGCUGCGACAAGGUUUUUUAUUGGAGAGUAAGUGUUCCAGUGUUUUGUUUGUUCGAGUACCAAGUAUGAGUCGAAUAUUGUUUAAUGAUGAAUUUUCAUGACUGCUAGCGGUGAUAUCUGCUCACUAUAUCCCACGAUGCUUUCUUCUUUCUUUCCUCUUUGUUUGUUAUGUAAUCUUUUCUUUUCUUCUCUUUGUUAUUGAAUUUAUGUACGUGAAGGACAUUUAUAUAUAUAUAUAUGAUGUUUUCUUUUAAAUAAAGAGAGAUAUCGAUUGCUCGACGAAACGAGCUAACAAUUUGGUGCCGUGACCGAUCUUCUUCUAUUUACCACAUCGAAGAAGAACGAACUGGUUUAAUAAAUUUACUCAUCCGUGACGGAAAGAGUGAAGUAUUAUCUCAUCCUUCUAGGGAAGAGAGAGAAAUUACAUAUUUAUAUGCAAAUUAUUUUUAAAAUUUAAUUAUCAUAAGAAGGUAUCUUUCUUAUAUAUAAAGUUCAAUUUUUUUUUUGUCCUUCCUUUAAGUGCAAAUAUAUAUAUUUUUUUUUAACAACGGCUACCGGUACAAGAAGAGCGAUUAAAAGAAGUGGAGCAAAUCUUUUACCAUAUGAAUUAAUUACCAGUUCACCAACACGAAUAAGAAAUAAAAAACCAAACGAUAUGUCAUUUAUGCAAGAAAUGGAAACAACCUCGAUGGAAGCACGACAACUACAUUCAAGUCAAAAAGAAGCAAUGAAGAAAUUAGCUGAAUUUGCAGGAGAAGCUAAUGAACUCGAUAUUGAUGAAUGGUUAUUUGAUUUAAAUAAUUUAUUUUCAUUAAUGAAAUUAAAAGAUGAAACAAGAAUUCUUGGAACAAUGGGCAAGGUAACAGGAUCAACAUUACGAUGGUAG